AUGUCACUCACAUCAAAGCUCGAUGAGCUCUCCAUCAACACUGCCACACCAGCACCUACGUUACCAGCAAGGAACCCUGAGCACCGGCCCAUUCACAUCAUCAAGAACGCCAAACGUGUGCUCGGACGGCCUGCUUUUAUUGCUGGUCCUAUGGUAAGAUACUCCAAGCUUCCAUUCCGUGAACUUGUCAGAAACUACAACACAGACAUAGUAUACACGCCCAUGAUCUUGGCCAGAGAGUUUGUACGGAACGACAUCGCACGGAUCUCUGACUUCACCACCAACGACAGGGACCGUCCAGUCAUCGUGCAAGUUGGGUGCAAUAACGUAGAAGAUUUGCUCAAGUUUGUGGAGAUGAUCCAUCCAUAUGUGGAUGGUAUAGGCAUCAACUGUGGGUGUCCCAUCAAGGAACAGGUCCGUGAGGGUAUCGGAGCUGCGCUCAUGACGGAACCAGACUUGGUUGCAGCCAUGGUUAAGGCUGUCAAGGACAAGUAUGGCGACCGUGUUUGUCUCGAAACUAAAAUCCGUAUUCACGCAGACAUCAACCAAACGGUGGAAUUUGUCAAGAAAGUAGAGGCCAGUGGUGUCGACUACAUCACCGUGCACGGCAGAACCAAGAAUACCCGAUCGUCAGUCCCAGUGAAUUUGGAAGCCAUCAAAAUUGUCAAACAAACGGUUCAAGUGCCAGUGGUGGCUAAUGGCGACUGCUUCUCGCUCCAGGACGCCUACGACAUUGCCGAAUACACGGGAGUGGAUGGUAUUAUGGCUGUGAGGGGAAUAUUGGCCAACCCAGCACUUUUUGCCGGCUUUGACAAGACUCCCUGGGGAGCUGUCGAGUUGUUCUGGGACUUGGCCACCAGCUACGGGUUGCCAUUCCGUAUUACCCAGCAUCACUUGUCCGAAAUGAUGGACAAGGUGGUUCCCAGAAAAUUUGUCAAAGAAAUGAACGAAACCAGUUGUCUCAUGGACAUGAUCGACUGGUUUGACAAGAACUUCGUAUUGCGGAGAAGAGGCGAAAAAGAUUUUGCUACUAGAGUGGAUCCGGAAUGGAGGGCCAAUAGGGAGCAGGCUGCACAUAUCUAA